AUGCGCUUCCUCUCGAUUGUCGCUUCGGCGUGCGCGCUCGUGGCGGGCGCCGUGGCCGCGCAAAAGUCUCCGGAGCAGCGCUUCCUCGACUUCCACGGCCGCUUUCAGGCCGCCGCCGCCCCUGUUGGCCUCGACGAUGCCUCGUACAAGGCCCUUACCUCGGCGCCCCGCGACUACAGCGUUGCCGUUCUCCUCACUGCCCUCGGUCCCCGCUUCGGCUGCCAGCUCUGCCGCGAGUUCCAUCCCGAGUGGGAUCUCAUCGGCCGCAGCUGGGCGAAGGGCGACAAGGCCGGCGAGUCUCGCAUGCUCUUUGGCACUCUCGACUUUGCCGACGGCAGGGACUCGUUUCUCUCGCUGGGCCUCCAAACUGCCCCCGUCCUCCUCUUUUUCCCUCCCACCCAGGGACCGCACGCCGCGGCCUCCCGUGACCCUGUCCGCUACGAUUUCACGAGCGGCCCACCGGCUGCCGAGCAGCGCCCCGUCAACUACCUGCGCUGGGCCUCUGCCAUUACUUUCCUUUUGGGCAUUGGCACGCUGGCCAUGACGGCGGGUCCAUACCUGCUGCCCAUCAUCCAGAACCGCAACCUUUGGGCGGCUGGCACUAUGAUUGCCAUUCUGCUCUUCGUGAGCGGUCACAUGUUCAACCACAUCCGCAAGGUGCCCUACGUGGCAGGAGAUGGCAAAGGUGGCAUCACCUACUUUGCCAGCGGUUUUCAAACCCAGCUUGGGCUGGAGACUCAGAUCAUUGCAGCCAUCUAUGGCUUGCUCACGUUCUGUACCAUUGCGCUCGUGACCCGCAUCGCACGCAUGACCAACCCGCAGUCGCAGCUCGUCGCUGCCCUCGCAUGGCUCGUCAUCAUGUUUGUGGCCAACAGCUUCCUUCUCAGCAUCUUCCGCAUCAAGAACAGCGGCUAUCCCUUCUCCCUUCCCCCGUUCAUGUGA